AUGCCUAAGAAUCAAAAGGUCUGUUUGGCCUAUAGCGGAGGCUUAGACACGAGUGUCAUAGCCUCAUGGCUUAUUGAACAAGGAUUUGAGGUGAUCUGUUUCGUCGCAGACGUGGGCCAGGAAGAGGACUUCGAAGCAGUCAAGGAAAAGGCCAUGAAGACAGGAGCAACAAAGUGUUAUGUUGAGGACGUCAGAGACGAGUUCGUCAAAGAGCUCUGCUUCCCAGCCAUUCAAUGCAAUGCGUCGUACGAGAAUGUCUAUCUGCUGGGAACAUCACUUGCUCGGCCGGUCAUCGCUCGAGCUCAAAUCGCCGUGGCUGAAAAAGAAGGAUGUCAGUUUGUAGGGCACGGCGCAACUGGGAAAGGGAAUGACCAACAGAGGCUAGAAGGGGGAUUCUACGCUCUCAAGCCUAAUAUUCGUGUCCUGGCUCCGUGGAGAAUGCCCGAGUUUUAUGAGACCUUUAAAGGACGCAGCGACCUCCUCGACUAUGCUGCCAAGAAAGGCAUUCCUGUUACAUCAACCAAAGCUAAACCCUGGUCGAUGGAUGAGAACUUAGCUCACUGCAGCUAUGAGGCCGGCAUGCUUGAGGAUCCAGACACCACACCGCUUAGCGAUAUGUGGAAGCUAACCGCUGAUCCGAUCCUUUCUGCCGCCGACGAACCCGAAGACGUCACCAUUGACUUCGAGAAAGGCAUUCCGGUGAAAAUAACUGCACAGUCGAUCGGCACAGAGACGGAACCACUUAAGCUCUUCCUUGCCGCGAACAGUCUCGGCCGCAAACACGGUGUUGGACGGAUUGAUAUCGUCGAGAAUCGCUUCAUCGGCUUGAAAUCUCGAGGAUGUUAUGAGACUCCGGGUCUCACUAUCCUCCGCACUGCUCACAUCGACUUGGAAGGCUUGACGCUGGACCGUGAGGUCCGUGCUCUCCGGGACCAAUUCGUUACCUUCAAUUGGAGUAGGAUCUUGUACAACGGCCUCUACUUCUCCCCCGAACGAGAGUUCCUCCAGGCUAGCAUUGUCGAGUCUCAAAAGACUGUUAACGGUCAAGUCCGUCUCAGACUUUAUAAGGGAAACUGUAUAGUGAUUGGAAGGAGCAGCCAGACGGAGCGUCUAUAUGAUGCCUCGGAGUCGAGCAUGGACGAGAUCGGCGACUUCGAGCCGACUGAUGCGGGUGGCUUUAUUAAGGUGCAGGCUAUUCGGUUGAAGAAAUAUGGAAAAUCCAAGGCAGAAAAGGGUGAGCGCUUGUAA